UUAUUUAUGACUUACAUAUGUAGAUUAUUUAUUUCUUUGUUUUAUUUUAUCUCAUUUCGACUUUGAAAUUACAGGACUGUUUCGUGGCAGAAGGCGAGCGUAAAUUAGCAAAGUUAUCAAAAAAAAACGAUAGUAUGACUUGUGAGCGGUUACUCAACCAGAAUUGAGUCAUUUAAAAAAGGAAAUGACGUCAUUCGUUAAGUAAGAGUUAAACAUAACUUAAUGUCGCCAUCAGGCGGUAACACUCCGCCUACAUGUUUGACUUAACGUUAAAAUAAUUAAAACAUUUCUGACUCGCAUUUUUAACGUAAAUUGACAGGUAUCGCACGAUGAUAAAACACUAUACUAUAUUUCUAGAUAAGAUUCGAUAAAUAAUUCUUUAAUACCUAAUAAUGGCAACUGCUAGUGGUGUGUAUAGUAAUGUGCGUUACCCAUUUGCAAGACAACCUGGCCAAUGCGUGAUCGUGGAUUUGUCCACCACGUACACUCAAGACAACAUUGAAGCGGUAUGUAAUGGAAUAACAAGAUUCUCGAAUCUUCUUUGUUUGAUGAAAAACGGGCCGAGGCGAGUUCCACACUUUAGCAUAUUGUGCGCACUGACUUAUCCUGAGGUAUUAUUGCCUUUCAUACAACUUAACAACGAGUCGCACACACGGAUCCAAGGUGCGGUGGAAGAGCUGCGUCGAUUGUCGAGAGAAACCACGAAUCACUGUGGCGCUAGUUCAGUUAAGAUGUUGGAACAAGCCCUACGUGAGGCGGUGAAUCAAUUUCACAAGUUUAAACGAAAUGAUCUUUUUUUUUCAAAGUUAGAAGUGACUGUCAUGUGUUUUAGGCCGCCUCAAACACUCCUGGCGCUGGUCAAAACAACUUUGACGGGAAUUGAUAUAUCGGAUAUACCACGCGUCACUUUGUUUGGAAUGGCACCGACCGGAGAUUACCCGGUACCAGAUGACAUUACACUAAGUAAUGACGACGCAGAUUUAACUGGUAUCUUGGAAUUGGUAUCUGGGGAAGUGGACUCGGUUUGUGUUGAGAUGUUCUUGAGAAGGUUGUUGUCGGAUAAAAGUACAGACAGGGAACAUGUGCACUUGUAUUUUAAUUCCGGACUUCGAAUCAAAUGUGAUUUGCAGGAGAGAGUACUGGACCCAUCAGAGUUUAUAUUUAGUCAACAUUUUGUAUUGAGUUCAAACGCCGACCACAUAAAAAAUGUUCAGUUAAAGGCAGUAAAACCAGGCGAAUCGGUUCCAAUUACACAGUUACAAAUUAUUCAACAAGUUCCCUCUGCGUCCGUGUGUGAAUCCGUUCUAUUUGGUCAUCCGUAUGUUAUGUACAACUCGCGAUGCUGGAGAAUGGAAUGGAAUGAACUUGAAACUAAUCAGAAUAGAUUCAUCACUUUCUCUCAAUACUUAAUUGACAACGAUGUAUGUGUUGUUUGUAAGAACAUCACACAACAAUCCAACAAAAGGGGCCGGAUACAACUUCCUACAGCAUUGUUUCUUAUAAUGGCGGCACCGAACCCAGCGACUUUGUUAAUAAAGUCUAUCGCAUCAGGUACCCUGCUACUUGAUUGUGAUUUACCGAAUCAACAAAAAUUGGAAUUAACUUCGCUUCAAGCGAGAGCAGAAAUUAUUAAUGAAAUGUCAAAGGUUGAGAGGCAAAAUACUUUUAACCCCUUGUUCGUAACAGAUGUGUUAUCGGCUUCAUUCACCAACCCACAUAAUGCAAUUUCGACUAAACAGCCAAAUAAAACAAAACGAUCGACGGCCAACCAAACGAAUAAAGCUAAGGCUAUACCACUAAAAAUUAAAAGGUUUCUACCUCCAAGACAAGAUCGGAUUAAUAAAUGAGAAGUUAGUUCACCUUACGUGUUACGUUGUUUGGUUUUUGGAAAGUGUUCUUUGUUAAAAUAUUUUAUUGUAAAAAUAAACUACAAACAAUCAUAAACUGGAACGCAGUGUGCACAUAUAUUAAGUAACUGUUAUCUACAAUUCAGGGUAGUAUGUGCCAAACAUGAAUUUGAUAAUUACGUUUUUAAUUAGAGAUUUUACAACGUAAUCAAUAUGUUAAGUUACAAAUUCAAAA